AUGAAGAGUCCCGUCAGCAGCCGGGACAAAAGUAAAUAUUGCCACUUUCAUGAGGAUGUUGGUCAUGAUACGGAGGGUUGCUUCAGUCUCAGGCGGUUGUUUGACCGCUUAGCUGAUGAGGGGGCACUGAAAUCUUACAUGCCCAAGUCCAGGGAUUCCCCUAGGCAGAUCAAAGGACAGCCGUCAAAAACGCCGGCUGGUCAUUCUGACACGGAUGAAGAAACAAUCUUCACCAUAGUAGGCGGUUUCGCUGGUGGGGGUCCUACCAUCCGGGGAGCCAAGGACAAUAUUGGGAGGCUGAUUAACUUAGUUGAUGAGGGUCAGUCGUCUAAACACACCUUCCCAGAGGUUCUCAUCCCUGAAAAAGAUCAGGGCCAGGUCAGGCGGCCUCAUGAUGAUCCCAUAGUCAUUGAAUGUAAGAUAGCUAAUCAGCGAGUAGGCCGGAUCCUCAUAGAUACCAGGAGCUUGUCUGAUCUCAUAGGCUAUCAGUGCUUGAAAAAACUCAAGUACAAUCCUGGAAACAUGCAUCAAGCUCCUCACCCUUUAGUUGGUUUUGGGGGAGGAGUAGUACAUCCGGUUGGUAGGGUUGACCAACCCAUCCAGCUGGGUGAAAAGGGGAGCGGACGUCACAUGGUCGUCAAAUUCCUUGUUGUUGAGGAACUGACGGCCUACAAUUUGAUCUUGGGACGUCCAACCCUUAAUGUUUCCAAAGCGGUCAUCAUACCGUCUCUCAUGUUGAUAAAAUUUGAGAAGGAUGAUGGCACAAUCGGUUCCUUAAGUGGGGACCAAAAGACGGCAAGAGAGUAUUACCUCUCAGACGUUAAAUCAACAAUGGUCGCAGACGGUCAGAGUGAGGAAAUUGUAGAACUCGACGUCUCUGAGCAACAAGCACCGGCUCCAAGGGCAGCCGGUAAAAAGAGAAAGGCGGACCAAAUGGCACCCGCAGGGAAAGAAAAGCUAUAG